UUCCGCGCUUUUAGGGCUGUCGAAUCCAUGCUCUUUCAAGCACUCACACAGCUGCUAGUAACAGGGUUUCGCACUCUCUUCCACCUCGAGUAAGCGUAGCAGUUCAUACCCUCACCGAGUGCACCUUCCACUAUCAGCUCGUGAUUCGUCGUCCCGUGUCGUCGAGGCCAAGCGUCAGUCGGAGUCAAGCAAGGCCACACGUGCUUGCCGCUGCCAGCGCGGGCGGCGUAACUACGGCAGCGAAGGGCGGCAUCAUAGCCUUGCAAGCGCGCGCCCUCCAGCUACGGGAUGGUAGCGAGGCGGGGCGGAGCCGCGUCCUUUCCUCCAUGGAAAAGAGAAGCCCCCCCCGCACACAGCACGUGGUCCCAUGCGCUCGCCUGGCAGAGACGUGCUCACACCUUGCUGCUGCUCCUGCUGGCGCUGCUGUGCACUUGUGGAGAGGCGCCUGCACAGUCGAUCCACUACACUCAGAUGCCUGUGCUGCAGAGCCUAGGGGAGGAGUGGGGUUCCUUCCCCCAUGCCAUCACGUGGUUGUUCAAGACUGACUGUCGGGAAAUGCUUGGCAUCACUUGCAGCGCAGAUGGCUUUGUUGUAUCCAUGGCUGUCAGCGAGCAGCCUCUUAUGAAGCCUAUCCCCAAUGCCAUCAGCGGCUUGCACCACCUUCAGUCCCUCUAUUUGGCCAACUGCCACUUGACGGGCUCGCUACCAUCCGGGCUCUUCACUCUGCAACACCUCACCUAUCUGAAUCUGAACUACAACGACCUGUCGGGAUCUAUCCCUGCUGACCUCAGCAAGCUCACGAGCCUGGAACAGCUAGGAAUACAGUGGAAUGGUUUGGAAGGCUCGCUUCCCAUAGAAAUGUCAUCCUUGAAUAAGCUUACAGGCCUAAGGCUAGACCACAAUUCCCUCUCUGGGUCCCUUCCAGACUCGUUAGCCUCGUUGACCAACCUUGCCACCUUGUCCCUAAGCUACAACAGUUUUAACGGAACUCUGCCUGCCUUUCUUCCCCAGCUGCAAGGACUGUCGAGAUUGCACCUGGAGUACAACCGCCUCCAAGGAAACAUCCCAUCGUCCCUUGGAGCCCUCGUUCAACUGCGCUACCUGGUGCUGGGCGUGAACGACUUCACUGGCACCAUCCCAUCAUCCUUGGCGAACCUCAGGAACCUUGAGGCGCUUUCGCUGCGAGACCUGCGUCUCCAUGGCCUGGUGCCGCCAGCUCUCAGCUCACUGCAGAAGCUUUGGCACCUGGAGCUCUCUUCCACGUCUCUCUCAGGACCCUUGGCACCAAUCGUGGCUCCCCUGACACGCCUUAAGAAGCUGCUGGUGAGCUCCAGCCAGUUCACGGGAGAUGUGCCCAUCCCAGCGUCCAAGGCCCUGGCAGUUGUGGACGUGCAGAGCAACUACUUCUCCUCCGCCCUCAUCCGCCCUAAGAACUGCUCCGCUGUCACCCUCUUGCUCUUCGACAACUGCCUACCCUCCACCCCGUGUGGGGUGAACCACGAGCAGAGGAGCAACGAGAGCUGUGCAGCAUUCUGUGGGGUGGGGCAGGGCGGGGCGCUGUGCAGUGGUCAUGGGUACUGCUUCAUGAACGACAGCAGCAGCACGGCCGAGUGUGUGUGCGAGGCACCCUACUCCACUCGCAAUGGCCCCCAUACAUGCACGUACACAAUUGACCCCGUGACUGCCUCCUCUGCCACCUCGCCCAUGUCUCUGAGUGGCUCUGCGUUGCGCUCUGCUGGCGGCGCCCUGCUGCUGAUCCCCAGGGCCAAUGGCACCUGGGGCACGGCCUUCACAGCCGCGCCUCUGCCCCUCUUCUCCUACUUCAACACCAAGGCCACAUGCGGUUACCAGUUCGCCUUCAACGCAUCCUUUGCCUUCUCCCUCCACCCGGACUCAGAGGCCGGUGGGGAUGGGCUCGUGUUUGUCGUCGCUGCCGCGCUGCCAGACAGGCUGGGAGGGGUGGGGCGGCGGAGUGUGGGAGUGGAGUUUGACUCGGUGCUGAGUGUGAAGCACAGCGACCCCAACGACAACCACGUGGGCGUCAAUGUGGGCGGCUCACCUGUGUCCCUCGCCUCUGCCACGGCCCCUCUCAUCCUCAACGACGCCCAAACCAAGCACGCCUGGAUCCACUACGACCCCACCAGCGGCGGCACUCUUCGAGUCUUCCUCUCCUCCGACCCCGUGCAGCCCCUCACCCCCACCCUCCGCGCUCGAGUGUCCCUCUGCUCCAUCCUGCAGCCCAAGGCGUCCUCUGCUGCAUUCUAUGUCGGCUUCACAGCUUCAUCCACAGCCAGGGCACAAGCACACUCCGUGCUCAACUGGACAUUCACUGCAGAUGUUCCACUCAACCCGCGCUUCGAUCCUUCAAACCUGGCACUGGGGUUUGUGUUGGACGAGGACUCCUUCUCAUCUCAGGGCUUCAACUCCGCCUUCCACUACGCCAGUGCGGGAUUCGAGCCAGCGCAAGACAACAGCCCCGCAUGGCUGGUCAAGUCCUUCGCCUCCUGGAUCCCGCCCCAACCCAUUUGGCCGGUUAAGAACCAAAAAGGAUGUGGUGACUGCUGGGCGUUCGCAGUGGUGGCAGCGGUGGAGGCAGCCUACAGCAUCGCGAGCGGCUGGUCGCAGCCCCCUGUGCUGUCGGUGGACCAUCUGCGCCUCGCCCUCUCCUCCAACUGCGACGGUGGCUCCCCCACCAAGGCGCUGCAGUUCCUCCUGAACGCCACCAACCAGGGCAGGGGGCUGCUGGAGCAGGCAGCGUACUCCCAAGGGCUGGCGCUCAAGGGCAGAUCGCUGGCCAGCACAAGGUACUAUGGCGUCCGGGGCAUCGAGCGCACGGCCUUCUACGGGUGGUUUGGGCUCAUGCUGGCAGUGCAGCGCCAGCCAGUCAUUGUGCACAUCGAGGCCUCCGCACCCUCCUUCCAAGACUACGAUGGGAGAGGCAAGUACGCGGACGAGGCGUGUUUCAGCGGCCAUCUGAACCACGUGGUGCUGGUGGUGGGCUUCCUCUCCGCGGGCUUCGACCCUUCCAACUCCGCCAUGCCGCCACCCUUCUGGAUCAUCCGCAACUCAUGGGGCACAGGGUGGGGCGACCAGGGCCACAUGCGAAUGGACAUUCGCAGUGGCGAUGGCAUCUGCGGCAUCAACACUCUCCCGGGGCUCUUCCCCGUCGUCAGAACCAAUGCAGAUCCUUGUGGUUCGCGGUCUUACGAGUAUCCCCUCCUCGGCCACACGUUUAACCCGUGUGGCCAGUUCAACUGCACCAAGAAAGGCACCAGCAAUCGCUGCAAGUGCUCUGAUGCCCGUUUUUCUCAAGUCAAGAACACCGAUGGAUCGUACACCUGUGCCUACGUGGACGUGUGUGGGUCCAGCAGUCGCAACCCGUGUGUGGUGGGCACGUGUGUGAACGAUGGCAGGGGCAGCUUCUCCUGUGUGUGUCCCCCGGGGUUCGUCCAGGGCACCACUCUCGCCACCACCGCCUCCUGUGCUCCGGGUGAUGCAGGGGGGGUGUACACGGUGCAGCAGAGCAACGUGUGGUGCUCUGAUGUGCAUCCCAUCUUUGCACUCACACUGGACCAGUUCGUGCAGCAGAACAAGGGCAUCUCGUGCUCCAUGCCUCUGCGCAUCAACUCAAGGCUGCUUGUCAACUCCACAGUCGACCCCUGCUCUGUCUUCUACACCACCGUUCUGGGCGACACGUGUGCCGGGGUGGGGCGGCAGGUGGAGCUGUGUGGAAAUGCGGCCACGGAUGCGGCGUGUGAGGCGGCAUUUCAGGCGCUCAACCCCGCUGUGGACUGCUCGUCCCUGAAGCCCUCCCAGGCGGUGUGCGUGGAGCGAGACCCCUCCAAGGCCAACCUGACUGUGGUGUGCGACCAGUACUACCGCGCACGCCUCAACGACACCUGUGACAGCAUUAGAGCCAUGGCAGAGCCACCUCUCAGUGCGGUGGACUUCUACCGCCUCAACCCCGGCGUCAACUGCAACCAGCUCAUCCCCCUCAAGAAGGCCUCACGCCCCGCCACCACCUUCGGCAAUGAGGUGUGCAUUGGCAGUGUCACCAACUUCACAGCUGGCAUCUGUUCAAGGACCAGCACCUACACCAUCUCGCCUGGUGAUGAUUGCAAAUACAUCCAGCUAAAGUAUUUCUACAGUAUUAAGGGAUGUUACAGAAGAAUGAAUGGGUACGAGUGUGUAGACAAGUUGAGGCUUGGGGUCAGAAUAUGCACACCAAAUGCCAAAAAGGCUCGAACUGGGAGCUGUAACAUUUGAUGAGAUUCGCAAAGGAAUCUGGUGUACAAUCUGUAAAUAGUGAACGUAAAACCGAACGAGGCUUUUGUAAACCUUCGUGG